ACCGUUCUCCACCCUCUCUGUGUGAAGUAUCCCCCUUCCACCGCGUACAGGAGGAGUUUCCUGACUGAGCUCAUCAGGAAGCACGAAGCCACAGCAGCUGAGCCCCUGGACCAGCUGUACGAGACUCUGGCAGAUGUUCUAAAUGAAGAAGAAUCUACUCACUGUUACAAAAACUACUUACUGCCCACAGGAGACUGUGUGACCCUCUCUGAGAGCACAGCGAUGGUCUCCGGAGGGACCACAGGGCUCAUCACGUGGGAGGCUGCUCUGCACCUUGCCCAGUGGGCCAUGGAGAACCCCGGGGUGUUCAGGGACAGGACAGUGUUGGAAUUAGGAAGUGGGAUGGGCUUCACUGGAAUUGCCAUCUGCAAGACUUGCUACCCCAAGAGAUACAUAUUCAGUGACUGCCACCACCGUGUUCUCGCACAGCUGGCACAAAACAUCUGCCUGAAUGGCUUUGCCCUGGAGCCUGAAGCCACCAGGCACAGGCAAAGGGAGGCCCAGGGCCAGGAGGACGAGACAGAGAACUGCCCAGACCCAAAAGUGGUGGUUGCAGAACUUGACUGGGGCUCAGUGACAGACACACAACUGCUGGGUCUCCAGGCUGACGUCGUGGUUGCAGCAGAUGUGGUGUAUGAUCCAGGGAUAAUUUCAGCCCUCAUUGGUAUCCUGCAGAGACUCUCCAGCUGCAGAGCAGACGGAAAACCUCCUGAGGUCUUCAUCGCCUUCACCGUCCGUAACCCGGACACGUUUCGCCUGUUCCAGGCUGAACUGGAUAAAGUCAGGAUCAGCUGGCAGGUUAUUCCAGCCUACAGCAACAGCAACUUUCUCUAUGAUGUGCAGCCAAAUGUGACUCUUCUCCAGCUGUUUACAUAG